AUGAUCCCAUGGGUGAAAUUUGUGCCCUUUUUAGUGCUCAUAGAAGGAGUUCAAUGUCAAGUCCAAUUGGUGGAGUCCGGAGGGGAUGUGAGAAGACCUGGGGAGUCCCUCCGUCUCUCCUGCCAAGUCUCUGGAUUCCCCUUCAGCAGCUACGGGAUGAGCUGGGUGAGACAGGCUCCAGGGAAAGGAAUGGAAUGGGUGGCCGACAUACAUACAGGCUCAUCCCUUUCCACAUUCUACUCGGACAAAGUCAAGGGACGCUUCUCCAUCUCCAGAGACGAUGCCAAAAGCCAGAUGUACCUGCAAAUGAACAGCCUCAAACCGGAGGACACAGCAGUCCCUUACUGUGCGAAACACACAUUGAGAGGAAGUGAAUCUGAUGCCAAGCAAAAACCUUCUCCUCCCGAACAGCUUUCCAAAUUGAAUCCGAAAGAAGCCAAAAUGAUCCCAUGGCUGAGUUGGGUGUCCUUUUUAGUGCUGCUUCAAGGAGUCCAGUCUCAAGUCCAGUUGGUGGAGUCUGGGGGGGAUGUGAGAAGACCUGGAGAGUCCCUCCGUCUCUCCUGCCAAGCCUCUGGAUUCACCUUCAGCAGAUCCUGGAUGGCUUGGGUGAGACAGGCCCCAGGGAAAGGCCUGGAAUGGGUGUCCUAUAUAGGUAGAGGACCAUCUCCUUCCACUUUGUACUCUGACAAAGUCAGGGGACGCUUCACAAUCUCCAGGGAUGAUUCUCGCAGCCAGCUGUAUCUGCAAAUGAACAGCCUCAAACUAGAGGAUUCUGCAGUUUAUUACUGUGCAAGAGACACAGUGAGAGGAAGUGAAUCUGAUGCCAAACAAAAACCUGCUCUUCCUCUCAGCAGCUCUCCAAAAUGA